AUGGCCGAAUUUCAAGCUGGGAUGAACGAAGACAAUGUUUACGGUCGAACAGCGAAGUUAACCGGUGUUUCCGAAAGCACAAUUCGGCGCAUAGUAGACGAAGGUUUUAAGAAUGGAGGUAAAUUUUCAACACCUGGAAAACACAGGAAAGGCCGACCUACAAAACACAUCGAUGAUUUCGAUAUAUGUUCCAUUCGUCAGAAAGUUCAGUUUUUCUACACAGUGCAGAAAGAAGUACCAACACUAAGAAAAUUAUUAGCAGUGGUGAAGGAAGAUUUAAAUUUUGAUGGCAGCUAUGAACUCCUUCGAAAAAUUUUAAUUUCAAUUGGCUUCAAAUUUAAGAAAUGCCAAUCAAAUAGACUAGCCCUCAUAGAAAAACCAGCAAUUGCUUCAAAACGUGAGUAUUAUUUAAGGCACAUCCUUGAAAACAGAAGACUGCCUGAAGAGCUCCAAAAAAACAUAAUUUAUUUGGAUGAGAGCUACAUACACGAGUCCUACAAAGUAACUAAAUGUUGGCAGUCUACUAAUAUUGCCGGUGUCCAACAAAAUGUGUCUAAAGGGAAAAGGUGGAUAAUUGUACACGCUGGAAGUGAGAAAGGUUUUGUGCCUAAUGCACUUUUAAUAUUUACUGGUAAAAAUAAGCAAGAAGAUUACCAUUCUGAAAUGAAUGCUCAAAAUUUUAUAAAAUGGGUAACUGAAAAGUUAUUACCCAAUAUAAGUGAACCAUCAAUAAUUGUGAUGGAUAACGCACCAUAUCACUCCAUUACGACAAACAAGGCUCCUACAUCUGCAUCAAGAGUUGAUGAAAUCAAAUUGUGGCUACUUGAAAAUAAUAUUCCAUUUGAUGAAACAUUGCGGAAACCAUCCUUAUUAAUGCUUGUAAAAAAACAUAAACCUGAACCGAUCUACUACAUUGAAGAACUUUUAUUUGAACAUGGACAUACAGUGGUAAGACUGCCUCCUUACCAUUGUGAUUUAAACCCAAUCGAAUUAGUUUGGGCAAUAGUAAAAAGGCGAAUUGCACAAAAGAAUGUUUGUGGUCAAAAUGUUGCGAAGUUGGCUGAGGAAGCAUUUCAGGCAGUUCCACAAGAAUGGAAAAAUUGUGUUGAGCAUGUCAUCAAAAUUCAAACGUAUAGGAAUUCAAACGUA